AUGAGAGGUCGUGCACCUCUCCCAGUUUCGUCGGGGGCAGCGCCCCAGAAUGGUCAUACCCGCAGUCAGUCGGGACUCGACGUUGCCCGCAGUCCUCCGAACCAGAGCAACAAGAACACCAAACAUGUUCCUUGCAAAUUCUUCCGCCAGGGUGCCUGUCAGGCAGGCCCCGCUUGUCCAUUCUUACACUCUACUGAUGCAGGAAUUGACUACGCCCCGUGCAAAUACUUCACAAAGGGAAACUGCAAGUUCGGCGCCAAAUGCGCACUGGCGCAUAUCCUCCCCGAUGGACGACGAGUGAACCGGCCAACUGGAAACAUGGGUGGCCACCUCAAUUUGGGUGGCCGAGUGAACCCGCAGGCAUAUGUUAACCAGGACUCAGCUCUUACCAACUCUGUUCUCUCGCAGCAGCGCAUGAACGGUCACGAGCAGCCUCGAUAUGCCCCGCAGCUCCCCCCGCAGGAGGAGUACACAUCCCUGCAACAGCCCCCCUAUGAUGCGAUCCCAACAAUUGACACGGGCCUUGCCUCCGAUGCCGGAUCUAAGUAUGGGUCCCCAGCCGAAGAUGUUCGCUUCCCGAUGUCGCCCAACAACAACCACCUGACUGCUCUUGAUGCGGGGCUUCCUGCUUCAUUUGACAGCCAGGGCAUCUCCCAUGCUGCUCGUUAUGGCCCGGUGGCUGCUUCGAUGCCAUCGCAAUUUGGCCUAGAAUCGCCUCCGGCCCAGAGACCCGCGCUGAACAAUGCUUUCCGCAAUCUCCAUGACAUUUACGGUUCUAGCUUCCAGAGGAAGCCUUCCUCAAACAUUGGAUCGUCGCCUCCAGCUCCCGAAGACACCGGUCCUCGGUUCAUGCAUUCUUCCCGCCCUGUUAAGCCGCGCAUGCUUUCCGCUAGUGUGCCCCGACCUACCGCUCUCGAGGAUUGGGACGAGAACUUCCCGAUGGAGGAAGACUAUUUGCCAGUCAACUUGCAUGACGAUGUUCUCACACCACAGGAGAAGCUGCGUCGGCUCUCUCGCACUGACAAUGACUUGGGCUCUAGUCACCGUGACAUCAGUGGUUUUGGCAUGACUAGCACCAGCUUUUCCAAAACUGGUUCUCCUUUGGCAUCGAGUCCAUCUCGUUUUGGGGCCUUGUUUGCCAAGCAGCGUCAACGCAAAGAAGAGGAGUCACACGGCUCUUCUUCUUUCCACAUUGGAUCUCCCCUGCGUGAAUCAUCAUUGAACCCAAUUGCUAGUCCUAGCCUCGGUCCUAUUGGUAGCAGCCGUGCUUCCCAUGAUGGCUCACCGUUUGUUUCAAGCCCUGGACGUCAAUCUUCGAUGUCUAUGAUCUCCGAACAGCUUGGUGGCAUGUCACUUCACCCUCCCAUUCGUCACACCGCUAUUCCUUCGGCUCGCAUUGACCGAGCUAUCUCCUCUCCGGUUACCAACAGCAAGAUCGAAGAAGAGGAGCAGAGCGAUCUGGUCUUCUCCAUGGAAGAAGAGGAGGGCAACAAGCGGAGCGGCGCCCCCUGA